AUGAUCGGUAAGAUCGAGUAUCUGGAAAAGUAUUCGGUAGCACCUUCGCCCAGCAGAGAUUACUACGGGCUGAAAGUGAUACUAUAUCUUUGGAAAAUCUCGCACGGCCCUCACAAAACACCAAUCGUACGAUCCUCUAGUUUCGUGGACUUCGAGCAAGACAAAUCGCUGCAAGACGAAAUUCGACGUGCUUUUGGUAAACAUUUACUGAGACACGUAAGAAACAUCGCUGUCGGUCAAAGAAACACUCUUCUAACGUUGCCAAGGAAUCUGAUCGACAGAUUGGUUGGUUACUUGACCGUGAAUGACAUCGUGAAAUUGGUAUCGUUGUCGCAUGUGGCGAAAGAGAUCUUCAGUCAUAAUUCCGUGUGGGAAACGUUGUACAAGAAAUAUAAACCGUUGAUGAAACGUAAGAACGAGAAAUUGCAUGCUACGACUCACGAUUGGAAACAACUCUUUCAGUUAGAACAAAUCGGAGGACUAAUGAAUGAACCAAAAGUUCCUCAUGCUCGUUUGGCACCGAAGCAGACGAAAACAAACCUGAGGCUCGAAGACUCCUCGAAACACUACAAUACAAAUUCCAGAGGAUCGACGAAAAUAGUUCCGUCCCUGAUUCAAUCGUCGAAAAAGCUGUCAGAAGAAACUCGUAGAAAAGCAGUUCAGAAUCCUAUUUCGAAAAAGACAUCAGAUAUUCGUCUAGACAGGUCAAUAAUCGGAAAUGAAAAGAACGUUUUGGAGAAGAAGGUUCCCAUCAUCAAGUCGCUUCAACUGGCUGGAAAGAAAUCAACGAAAGUAACGAAAGAUCAGUCAAAAUACGUCGCGAAAAAUGAGUCGAAACGCGAUGUUGAGAACAGACAAUCCUUUACCGGUAAAGUUGUCGAGGUAAAAUCGAAUAGGAGUCAGAAUACGCAGAUAAAAAUUCGCAAAUCAGACACAAAGAUCAGCAGUACGAGCGUCGAAAUGAUUGAAGGGAAAUCCAGCACUGGCAAAUUGAGCAAUUUACAACAAUCAAAGGCUCUCAGAAUCGAAAAAUCUGCGUCUUCGACGUUAACGGACCAAAGUAAAUCGAAAGCGAAGAUCAAAACGAAGAAGGUUACCCAGAGUAAAUCGACAAUUUUGAACACAAGCACAGCUUUGGCUGCCGAUUAUUCGUCGAUACGGGACGACCGUCCAGAUCUCGCUGACUUGAUCGAAGCCUGCUUGAAAAACUCCCGCUGUCCGAGGAGCAUAUUCGACUAUAACGGCAGCUGUUUCGACAAGCCAAAAUCAUGUGGUGACGGGAAGGCCCCGGAAGAAUAUCGACAAAUAACAGAGAUCCAGAGAAUAUUGAAAAGUGGUCGCGUGAGGACGUCUCUAGAUCGAUUGUCAGAGAAAUCUGAACCGUCGACUGCGAAAUCAGGGGAGUCAGCUGGCAGGAGUGAAGUUUCUGGCGCGUCUAUUCUCUCGAAGAACACGAAAGUGUCGAAAACGAAGACGAAGAAGUCCGCAGAAUCAAAUAAGAACGACUGCAAAGUAGUGAUACCUGAGGGGGAAGAGGACAUUUUUGAUAGAUACGGAGUUUACAGUAAAAAUCCUUCGCCGAGGACGAACGCCAGCGUUGAGGACAAACGUCCAAAAUCUACGGAUAAAAUGUCCAUGCAGCGUUUCUUAGAAUUGACUAGACCUUAUGGUAAAAAGGGUAAUGUUGGGAAACCUGUCGAUGUAAAUCGAUAUCAAAUGAGAAAGGUAAUGGACAGUGUUUACAAGCAUUGAAAACGAACUCAAGCAGCACAUUUGAUCGAGUAUUUUGGUAACAUAUUUCGAAAUUAUCAUAAUUGAUCAUAAAUCCGAAAUUUUAGCGUAAAGCGUCUGUUGAUUCAAACAAAUUCUAAGUUUAAUAACUAGAAGCAUGUAAUAAUCCUAAUACACUAAUAAAUGUAUUACAUGUUAU